GUUCAGGCAUCCAGAUGGCCGCGAGAUCGAUGAGAAGCGAGGUAACAGGGCUGGCAAGGGCAGUGGCAAGACGGCCCCCUGCGCUUUCCGCCGGCGCCGGAGCAGAAGCGCGGGGCGAUCGAAGCCCAGGGAACAGAGGGUUAGCUGCAGCCAGACCCCGCCACCCCGGCAGCGCUUUGUCAGCCAGACUCCCUCCAGAAAGCCGCCGGCAGAGAGACGCUUGGCUCCUCCUGCCGCAGCGUCACCGAAGCCUGUGAAGGACCUUACCCCAAGCCAACUCUGCUUUCGAGACUUCGUGCUGGAGCAUGUUUGCGAUGAAGACUCUCCUGAGCGCGCGCUUGAGCUCUUCGCACGCUAUCUCCGCCAGUGGACGAGGGAGGAGUUGGAGGCGAUCCAAACCACUGGGCUCUUUUUCGACCUCUAUCACCCACUAUCUCAGAUCCGCAAGUUCAAUCUUCGUCUUGGCCAGACUCAGCUUGAUGCAAGAGUGUUCGUGCAAGAUCUCCAGGAAGGAAGGUAUCAAGGGCUGUCUUUGCUGGCAAGCCAGCCUCGGUCCGGGGCCACAUGCCCCGUGGCCGGAGACCUGCAAGCGCCGGAGUUUGCCCUGGACCCGGAUGCCGACUCUUUGAUGAUCAGUGGUCUUACCCCGGCUGUGAGCGUUUGGGAUGUCCUGGAUGUGAUUCAGGACUGCUCCGGAUUUUGCAAAGCUGCAUGGACUCACUUUGACAAGAACCUGGCGAGGGAGUUUUAUGCCAGGUUUGCUUCGAAGGGCGACGCGACUGCUGCUGCCGUCGUCCUCAUGAGGAGCUCCGAUACGCUUCCGGGUGCAGCAGGCACGCUGGGCAGAGUAUCUGUGUUGAGCUCCAAGCCUGAGCUGAGCGCCCACGUGUUGCCGCAGGAGAUGUCGCAGCCGGAGCAGAUUCUGAAGGAUUUGGCCCUGUCCGAGGAUGUGAUCCGGCGCUUGGAUGGCCUCCUCGGUGUGUCUGAAGAUGUCACCAAGCUCUUGCUGAACGUUGAAGGCAGCACGGAAUUCAAGCUAGAUCUGCGGGUUCUCUACCUGCGCCGGGUCCAUCACUUCUGCUUCUAUGCGGCUCGAUGGUGCGAUGACGAGUGGUCCCUGCGCAACGCCUGCGGUGUCGCCACCGUCCGCGAACGACCUUCAGCCCCCUGCAAGUCGGGGACGUGGUCUGCUGCUCAUGAGGAGCGCCUGAGGAGUUUCUUGGGCAACGUGCACCUCAGCUCAACGAUUUGA